CUCCAUCCCUUCUUCCUCCCUCGGGGUCGACCCCGGGACUCUUCCGCCCGAGGCAGGAGAGCCCUCUCUGGCCAUGGAGCCCCGACGCCUCCUGACCGGCCUCCUGCUCCUGCUGCUCCGCUGCCCUCCGCCUCUCCGCGGCGCCCCAGGAGACCCAGUCGAUGUCUUGAAAGUCCUCCAGUUCCAGAAACAGCCCGAAGGCGUGCGCAAGACAGCUGGAUUCUGCCCCAAGCGGCGCGGUGGGUCUGGCCCGGAUGUGGCCUACCGGAUCUCCCGCCUGGCCCAGAUCAGCGCCCCCACACGCCAACUCUUCCCAGGCAAAUUCCCGGAGGAUUUCUCCAUCAUGGCGCUGGUGAAGCCCAAGGCAGGACUCCAGGCCUUCCUCCUCUCCAUCUACAACCAGCACGGCAUCCAGCAGUUGGGACUGGAGCUCGGACGCUCCCCCGUCUUCCUCUACGAGGACCAGAGCGGACGCCCGGCCCCCGAGGACUACCCCAUCUUCAAGGGGGUCAACCUGGCCGACGGCAAGUGGCACCGGGUGGCCCUCAGCGUCAGCAAGAAGCAAGUGACCCUGGUGCUGGACUGCAAGAAGAAGGCGACCCGGCCCCUGCCCCGGGGGAACCAGCCGGCCAUCGACACGCGUGGCAUCACUGUCUUUGGAACCCGCAUCCUGGAUGAAGAAGUCUUCGAGGGAGACAUCCAGCAGCUGCUCAUCUCCUCCAGCCCCCAGGCGGCCUAUGACUACUGCGAGCACUACAGUCCCGAGUGCGAGGGGGCGACGACCCACAAGCCCCAAGCCCAGGAGGCCCAGCAGAGACCCACCAGGCCGCAGAAACCAACCAAGGCCAAGACCCCCACUGCUAAACCCAAACCCAAACCCAAACAGCCCCAGAAGCGCCAACUGAUGGGCACGGCGCCCAGCUAUGCCAAGACCAGCGCCAAAAAUGGGAAAUCUCCCGGCAAUGGCAAGUCCACCUCGGCCAAUGGGAAGUCCUACAAUGGCGGCGGCAACAGUGCCAAAGCGGCAUCCAAAUCCUCCGUCACGAAAAACUCUCUGGGCCGAUCUGGGGCCCAUGCGCAAGCUGGCGUUGGCGCAUCUCGGCUGCGUGGGAACAGCUACCAGCAGGACGUGGGUCUGCCCCCGACAGAGGAACCCUGGGGGUCCCCACACGAAUACCCCGACUACACUCUCCCUCCGGAUGCGGACGCCACUUACUGGGAAGAGACCUCCCCAAGGGAAGGGUCACCCCCGGACCCUUCAGUCCCACAGGGAGAGGAGGAAGCGCCCGGCCCACGCCCCACGGCAGCAGCAGCGGAGGAGGAAGUGGUCUUUGCAGAAGAGGAGGGGCUCGGCGUGGGCCUGGAGUACGAAUACACCUAUAGGACCUAUGGCGAGGGGGAGGAGCCGUCGGAGCUGGGCCCUGUGCGUCCAGCCGAGACCCCUCACAGCGGAGGCGUCAUCCACGGACCCAGAGGUCUGAAAGGAGAGAAAGGGGAGCCGGCCGUCUUCGAACCGGGCAUGUUGGUGGAGGGAGCCCCUGGACCAGAAGGACCCCCGGGCAUGAGUGGCCCACGAGGUACACAGGGACCCCCCGGACCCCCCGGCGACUCUGGAGAGAGGGGUCCUCCAGGGCGACCUGGUCUUCCUGGAUCAGACGGCAGACCCGGACCUCCCGGCACUUCCAUGAUGCUCCCGUUCCGUUUCGGGAGCAGCGGAGGCGGCAAGGGGCCCGUGGUGGCCGCCCAAGAAGCCCAAGCCCAAGCCUUCCUGCAGCAAGCCCGCAUGGCCUUGCGCGGCCCCCCAGGACCCAUGGGAUACACCGGCCGGCCGGGCAUCUUGGGUCAACCUGGCAGCCCUGGCGUGAAGGGGGAAGCAGGAGACUUUGGCUUCCAGGGGCCGCGGGGACCCAAUGGCUUGACCGGACCCCCAGGGAAGCCUGGACGUCGGGGCCGUGCCGGCGCAGAUGGCGCCCGGGGGAUGCCAGGGGAGUCUGGUGCCAAGGGCGAACGAGGGUUCGACGGACUUCCAGGCCUCCCAGGGGAGAAAGGACACAGGGGAGACUCCGGAUCGCAAGGGAUCCAUGGCCCUCCGGGAGAAGACGGCGAGAGGGGAGAUGAUGGAGAAGUCGGACCAAGGGGCCUUCCAGGAGAACCGGGACCCAGAGGUUUGCUGGGCCCGAAAGGCCCCCCAGGCAUCCCAGGACCCCCGGGCGUCCGAGGCAUGGAUGGACCCCAUGGACCCAAGGGCAACCUGGGUCCGCAAGGGGAGCCAGGACCCCCCGGCCAGCAGGGGACACCAGGGACGCAGGGUCUGUCCGGACCCCAAGGCGCCAUGGGACCCCCUGGAGAGAAGGGUCCACAAGGGAAACCGGGUCUCCCUGGCAUGCCUGGCUCUGAUGGACCUCCGGGCCACCCUGGGAAAGAAGGCCACCCGGGCACCAAAGGCAACCAGGGCCCAUCCGGUCCUCAAGGUCCGAUUGGCUACCCAGGUCCCCGCGGUGCCAAGGGAAUGGAUGGUAUCCGCGGCUUGAAGGGACACAAGGGUGAGAAGGGAGAGGAAGGUUUCUCCGGCCAGAAGGGCGACUUUGGCGUGAAAGGGGACCGGGGUGAAGUUGGCGUCCCGGGGUCCCGAGGCGAGGAUGGUCCAGAGGGGCCCAAGGGCCGGACGGGGCCCCCAGGCGAUCCAGGGCCCCUGGGCCUUGUAGGAGAGAAGGGCAAGCUGGGGGUGCCGGGUCUGCCUGGAUAUCCAGGGCGGCAGGGCCCCAAGGGCUUGCAGGGAUUCCCAGGUUUUCCUGGAACAAAUGGCGAGAAGGGGGGCAGGGGCAUUUCCGGGAAGUUGGGGCCCCGAGGCGAGCGAGGACCCACGGGCCCCAGAGGCCAGCGAGGGCCACGCGGAGCCACAGGGAAGUCUGGAGCAAAGGGGACCUCUGGGAGCGAAGGACCGGCCGGACCCCCAGGAGAACGGGGUCUACCUGGAUCCCAAGGACCGAACGGUUUCCCCGGACCCAAAGGACCCCCGGGUCCCUCCGGGAAAGACGGCAUCCCCGGACACCCCGGGCAGCGAGGAGAAGUGGGUUUCCAAGGCAAGACGGGACCCCCAGGAGGCCCAGGCGUGGUGGGACCCCCGGGUCCGGCAGGAGAAACGGGGCAGAUGGGCGAGAGGGGCCACGCGGGACCCCCGGGACCCCCAGGGGAGCAAGGCCUACCGGGCCCAGCCGGAAAAGAAGGGACGAAGGGUGACCCUGGGCUUCCUGGAGGCCCCGGGAAGGACGGCCCGGCCGGACUGCGAGGUUUCCCCGGAGAACGAGGCCUCCCCGGCACGCCGGGGGGUCCAGGACUGAAAGGCAAUGAAGGGCCACCCGGACCCCCAGGACCCGCUGGAUCUCCAGGAGAGAGAGGGGGCCCUGGCUCAGGAGGUCCUGUUGGGGCCCCAGGACGGCCAGGACCCCAAGGACCCCCCGGGUCGGCCGGGGAGAAGGGGGUGCCGGGCGAAAAGGGUCCCAUGGGUCCCGCUGGCCGCGAUGGCGUCCAAGGCCCUGUCGGCCUGCCUGGCCCUGCUGGACCCCCAGGAGGCCCCGGAGAAGACGGCGACAAGGGUGAAAUCGGGGACCCAGGACAGAAGGGCCCCAAAGGCGGCAAAGGGGAACAUGGUCCUCCCGGGCCACCAGGCCCCCUUGGAUCCCUCGGUCAACCUGGAGCUGCUGGUGCCGAUGGAGAGCCCGGAGCGAGGGGACCCCAGGGACACUUUGGGGCGAAAGGGGACGAGGGGACGCGGGGAUUCAAUGGCUCCCCAGGACCCAUUGGCCUGCAGGGGAUGCCCGGACCAGCUGGGGAGAAGGGGGAAACCGGAGACGUGGGGCCCUUGGGACCGCCAGGACCCCCUGGACCGCGAGGCCCAGCUGGACCCUCCGGAGCAAAUGGUCCGCAAGGACCCCCCGGAGGCGUCGGGAACCUCGGACCUCCAGGACAGAAGGGUGAACCUGGAGAACCAGGGGGACCUGGAGUCACCGGAGAGCCAGGUGGCAAGGGACCCCGAGGUGAACGAGGAGAGAAAGGGGAACCCGGAGCCGCCGGAGUCGCUGGCCCCCCCGGCGGGAAAGGACCCCCCGGAGAUGACGGACCCAAGGGAAACCCUGGUCCGGUCGGUUUUCCUGGAGACCCAGGGCCCCCCGGCGGAAUUGGGCCGCGGGGCCAAGAUGGAGCCAAAGGUGACCGGGGAGAAGAUGGGGAGCCAGGAAAGCCGGGCUCUCCAGGUCCAACGGGUGAAAAUGGACCCCCUGGACCCCCAGGCAAAAGGGGCCCAGCUGGAACCCCAGGCCCCGAAGGACGGCAAGGAGGGAAAGGCAAAAAGGGGGAACCGGGCUCUCUGGGACCCCCAGGCAGGACGGGGUCCGUAGGGCCACAGGGACCCCCGGGGAAGCCGGGGACAGAUGGACUGAGGGGUCUCCCUGGAUCCGUGGGCGCUCAAGGCAAACCGGGGCCCACGGGUCAAGCUGGACCCCCUGGACCGACGGGACCCCCUGGAUUGCCAGGACUGCGAGGCGACUCUGGACCCAAAGGAGAGAAGGGCCACCCGGGUCUCAUUGGCUUGAUCGGACCCCCGGGGGAACAAGGGGACAAGGGGGACCGCGGCCUUCCCGGACCCCAAGGAACCAAAGGGCCGAAAGGAGAAACGGGCAUCCCUGGUCCCUCUGGCCCCCUUGGCCCCGCCGGCCCCCCCGGACUUCCGGGUCCCCCCGGCCCCCAAGGUGCCAAAGGAGCCACGGGUCAAGCAGGGCCUAAAGGUCAGCGUGGGGUUACUGGUCCCCCCGGACUCCCAGGCCCACCAGGCGAAGUCAUUCAGCCGCUGCCCAUCCAGAGGCCCAAGAAGAACAAGCGCUCGGUGGAUGGCAGCCAGAUUGUUCCAGAAAUGGAGGAAGAGGAGGAGGAGAAGAUGGCGUCGGACGCUGCUGGGCCCGCACCCUCGCAGGGCAUGGAGGAGAUCUACGGGUCCCUCAAUUCCCUCCGACAGGAGGUGGAGCACAUGCGCAAGCCACUGGGCACCCGGGAGAGUCCCGCCCGCACCUGCCAGGACCUCUGGCUCAGCCGCCCGGAGACCCCCGACGGCGACUACUGGGUGGACCCCAACCAGGGCUGCUCCCGGGAUUCCUUCAAGGUCUUCUGCAACUUCACCGCCGGAGGAGAGACCUGCGUCUUCCCCAGCCAGGAGACCCGAGAGGUGCCAAUGUCCGCGUGGGAGAAGGAAACCCCCCAAAGCUGGUUCAGUCAGUUCCAGACAGGAAGCAGGUUCUCUUACACGGACGCAGACGGAAACCCGCUGGGCGUCGUCCAGCUGACCUUCCUCCGCCUGCUGAGCGUCGCAGCCCGGCAAAACUUCACCUACCACUGCCAGCGUUCGGCCGCCUGGCACAGCCGGGAGACCCCUAACACCGCUCCCUCGACCACAGUGGGGGGCUACCAGCACGCCCUGCGCUUCCUGGGGGCCAACGAGGAGGACAUGAGCUACGACAACAGCCCCUACGUCAAGGCCUCCGUGGACGGCUGUGCGGUGCGGAAAGGGUCCGGCAAGACCGUGGUGGAGGUCAACACGCCCCUCGUGGCGCAGCUGCCCCUGCUGGACGUUCGCGUGAUGGACUUUGGGGAGCCUGACCAGAAAUUUGGGUUCGAGGUGGGACCGGUCUGUUUCCUCGGCUAGGACAGUGACCCCCUGGACCCACCACCCACCCUUGCCACCUCUUUUGCCCUCCCUCGGUCUCCAGUGGACAGACCACCUUCCAUCGACUGAAUGGGAAUCAUCCAAAGCCACAGACGUGCAUCCUCUCGAACCCACCACCAGCCAGAGUGAUAGCACAGAGACCGAGGGACAUGCCACCAUCACCACCGGGCAGAUUGUGGGGACAGCUGGCAGACCAAAGAGACUUGGACAUUGGAAACGGUUCAAUAUUUUAUUGUGCGUGUGUUUCGGUCAUCCCAAAUAUUCCUCCCGCCCCCCCCUCCUCCUCUUGCAGUGGAUGCUGGGACUGGCACACACAUAGCCUUCUAUUAGUCCUGGCACCUGCUGUGCAUGAGGAGAAAAACCACAGGGGCUUAGCCCUCCCACCCUUAAAAGACCCCCCCACGCAACACCCCCAGAGUCUCCUAGCUAUCCUUUCCGACAUGCAGCCCUAGGCCUGGGCCGUAAUUCCUGUCAAUCCAGAGGGUGACCGAAUGCCCCCUCUUUGGCUCUGGGCAGUGUCUGGAUUUGACUUCUGCAACCUUGCAAGGAGGAUGCAAAGCAGCCCUUUCCCCCCAUUAACUGCUCCCAUUUGCCCCCUAGCAAUUGCAGAAACGAGUCCCUGGGGGGUCUGUUUAGGCCUCUUUCCAAAUGAGCCCCCAUAUGCUUACUGUAAUUCCUGGUGCCCCAUAAAUGUCCUGCAAACAUCCCACUUGCCGUAAUCCCUGGUAUACAGUAGUCCUCCCGCUUGCCGUAAUUCCCGCUGCACCUGACUUGUCACAAUCUGGAGGGUGACCAAAUGCCUCCUUUUUGGUUUGGGGCGGCUUCUGAAUUUACCUUCCGCUGGUGCAACCCUGAAAGAGGGAGCAAAGGCAACCCCUUCCCCCCAUUAACCGGUUCCAUUUGCCGUCCAGCGAUUGCAGAGAGGAGCUCACUGGAGUCAGUUCAGCCCCUUCCUGAAGGAGCCCUUGGUUGCUUGCCAUCCCAAAAGGGCGCCCUUGACACUGGCGUGGGUGAACUUGGGGCAUAGGGAUUCCCUACCUCAGAGACAGAGGCCAGGACAAUCUGGAUUUCUAGGGGACCCCCGCUGGCAUCUCUUUGGGGCCCCCCACUUUUUCUCCAAGGGUCUGGCGGUAGCUAAAACUCUUCUUGAAAUUCCCACCGAUUUCAGAAGGCGGCUCUCUGCCCCAGUGAAACCAGUGGGCUUUUGUCAAGUGCUUGCAAAGUUGGAAUGAUAGCCCCCCAAAAUUCAAGAAGCCCCUCUCCCCAAGACCUUCCCCGCCUCUCAGCCUUUGAAGCACAAAAAAGGGGAUCCGUUUCAGUCUCUAUUGAAAAAGUGCCUUUGGCCCUAAGAGGGCCGUCCCCCGGAAGAGAAAAGGAGACUGUGUAUUUUAUUUUGUUUUUAUAAAAAAGAAGAAGAAAUUAAAUUAAUUCUAUUAUUUAAAGGAGUGGAUAUUAAAGAGAGAGAAAGAGAAAGACUAUUUGUUUUGUCUCCUGCUGCACAUUUUUGUGUUUUUAUGGGGAAACAUAGAGAGGAAAAAAGAGCCUCGCACCCACUUUCUGGUGCAUUUUUCAAAAAUUGAUCUUUUCUCUGGGUCACCUGCAAAAAGUCAAAGAUUUUUUCCCUCCAAAAAUAAGGGGGUUGUCCAAAUCCUUGUGCUUUUUUGUUUUCUAAAAAGCCCCCGGCCCCCCCUGGUCCUGGUGCUUGACGCAGGUGACCCUUCCGCCGUGUCACGUUUUGUAAGUAAAAAUGUGGAAAUUGUAUUGUGUAAUAGAAAAAAAAUCUAUACUUUUG